AUGAACCACGCCAGAGUCAAGGCCCUCAAGGGCAACAAGACCGUCUCCCGCAAGGCCGUCAAGUCGGGCCGUGCCUCAGGCGCCGUCACACCGCAGGGCUCCUCCGGCUCCCCGAUGACGUCCCUGCUGACUUCGCCGACGCACUCGGCCUCGCACAGCCGCCCGGCGUCGGACAGCGACUCGGAUGGCAGCGACUUUGAGCUCGACGACAUGAUGUCGAGCAUCCACUCGGCCGACUCCCUCGAGACACCCGCCGACGACAGCACCGGCGGCGGCUCGGCUCUCGACACUGACGCCCUCAUUACCGCCAUCCAGGACCGCAAGCACAACAACACCGACCUGCGCGAGCAGUACCUCGACGCCUUUAUCCGCUUCAUGCGCACCCGCUACACCGAGGACGCGCACCUCUGGCUCGACACCGCCGCCGUGCCGCUGACCGACGCCUUCCUAAAGGGCGCCAACCGCGGCGACUCGCCCCGCGAGCGCCUGCUCAGCCUACAGGCCUACUGCAUCACCCUCGGCACCGUCGAGGACAUGGAGGUCUACGAGGGCGCCUCGCGCGCCCUGCGCCAGAUCCUCCUCGACGACGACGACGACGUCUGCCGCGUCUGGGCGCUCCACGCCCUUGCCAUGAGCGUGCUCUACGGCGGUGGCGCCGAGGAGGCCGCGCUCGAGACCAUGGAGUACCUCGUCGACAUUGUCCAGAGCGACGGCGAGAGCGUCGAGGCCCACGACAACGCCGCCGUCGUGUCCGCCGCGCUGCUCGCCUGGGGCUUCGUCGCCGCCCACGUCGAUGACUACGCCGACUACGCCGACUCUGCCAUCGACGCCUUCACCGACCAGCUCGACAGCGGCGACGUCGAGGUCCAGUCCAACGCCGCCAUGUGCGUGGCCCUCAUCUACGAGUCCUCCAAGGCCCACGAGACGGAGACGGGCAAGCCCUUUGACCUACAGUACGACCCCCACCGCCUCGUCGGCCGCAUCGCCGAGCUCGCCAGGCUCAGCGCAAAGUCGGUCUCGCGCCGGUCCCGCCGCGACCUGCGCGAGGCCCUCGUCAGCGUCGUCACCUCGCUCGAGCGCGGCGUCGGGCCGUACUACUCGACCGCGUUGUACAUGCCCGAAAAGGACGAGCGCGUGCCGGCCGCGCAGCGCACCGAGGACGGCCGCGCCGAGUACGGGUACCGCUACAAGCUGCGCCUACAGAACAGGGCCGCCAAGGUCGACACGUGGUCGCUGUACUUUCGCGUCGCCAUGAUGAAGCUCAUCUUCCGCGGCGGGCUCGACAAGCACAUGUUUAUCAACCCCGUCGUGUCCGAGUGUCUCGAGGACGCCAACUUUGCGCAGGAGUACUCGGCGGAGGAUGCGAAAAAGGCACGCAAGAAGAAGGAGUGA